AUGGGCUGCGACGGCCGCGUGUCCGGGCUGCUCCGCCGCAACCUGCAACCCACGCUCACCUACUGGAGCGUCUUCUUCAGCUUCGGCCUGUGCAUCGCCUUCCUGGGGCCCACGCUGCUGGACCUGCGCUGCCAGACGCACAGCUCGCUGCCCCAGAUCUCCUGGGUCUUCUUCUCGCAGCAGCUCUGCCUCCUGCUGGGCAGCGCCCUCGGGGGCGUCUUCAAGAGGACCCUGGCCCAGUCGUUAUGGGCCCUCUUCACGUCCACGCUGGCCAUCUCGCUGGUGUUUGCCAUCAUCCCCUUAUGCCGAGACGUGCAGGUGCUGGCCUCAGUCAUGGCGCUGGCGGGCCUGGCCAUGGGCUGCAUCGACACCGUGGCCAACAUGCAGCUGGUAAGGAUCUACCAGAAGGACUCAGCCGUCUUCCUCCAGGUUCUCCAUUUCUUUGUGGGCUUCGGUGCUCUGCUGAGCCCCCUGAUUGCCGACCCCUUCCUGUCUGAGGCCAACUGCUUGCCUGCCAACGGCACAGCCAACAGCACCUCCGGCAGUCACCUGUUCCACGCGUCCAGGGUCCUGGGCCAGCACCAUCCCGAGGUGUGGCGUUUGUCCAACCAGUCACUCUCCAAGCUGCCUCUGCAGGACAGAGCCGGGACCCGCGUGUCCUACGCCUUCUGGAUCAUGGCCCUGAUCAAUCUCCCGGUGCCCUUGGCCGUGCUGUUUCUGCUGUCCAAAGAGCGGCUGCUGGCCUGCUGCCCCCAGAGGAGACCCCUGCUCCUGUCUGCCGACGAGCUGGCGCUGGAGACGCAGCCUCCUGAGAAGGAAGAUGCCUCUUCCCUGUCCUCCAAGUUUCAGCCACACCCAGGCCACGAGGACCUGUUCAGCUGCUGCCAGAGGAAGAAUUUCAAAGGAGCCCCUUAUUCCUUCUUCGCCAUCCACAUCACAGCGGCCCUGGUCCUGUUCAUGACCGACGGGAUGACGGGCGAGUAUUCAGCCUUCGUGUACAGCUAUGCAGUGGAGAAGCCGCUCUCUGUGGGGCACAAGGUGGCUGGUUACCUCCCCAGCCUCUUCUGGGGCUUCAUCACCCUGGGGCGGCUCAUCUCCAUUCCCAUCUCUUCCAAACUGAAGCCAGUCACCAUGGUUUUCAUCAAUGUGGUCGGCGUGGUGAUGACGUUCCUGGUGCUUCUCGUGUUCUCCUACAACGUCGCCUUCCUGUUCGUGGGGACAGCCAGCCUGGGCCUGUUCCUCAGCAGCACGUUCCCCAGCAUGCUGGCCUACACGGAGGACAUUCUGCAGUACAAAGGCUGUGCGACCACGGUGCUGGUGACGGGGGCCGGAAUUGGCGAGAUGGUUCUCCAGAUGCUGGUUGGCUCGAUAUUCCAAGCUCAGGGCAGCCAUAGUUUCCUGGUCUGCGGCGUGAUCUUUGGUUGUCUGGCUUUCACCUUCUAUAUCUUGCUCCUGUUUUUCCACAGGAUGCAUCCUGAACUCUCAUCAGUUCCUACCCAGGACAAAGCCCUAGGGAUGGAAAGCUCAGAGUGCUACCAGAGGUAAAGCUGGGUGAAGGGGCCGGGCGGAGACCGCCAGGCCCUUGGGCGCCAGCACAGACCGAAGUGUUCCAGACAGCGGGGGGAGGCCGUGGGGGCCAUCUCCCCAUGCCUUGGCUGGGAUCUUCUCCAGUAAUCCUUGGUUGGGUAGAAGAGAUUAAAUUGACUUCUGGUACCUGGAUCCUCCUGGGGCAAAUCAUUAGAAGUUUAUGGGAUGGAUAUUCAAGUUCCCUUCCUCUUCCCUGGUUUGGACCUUUAGUCAGAGCUGUCCAGGACACCCAGACGGGAAGGAGGAAGACAGCCACACACUUCACUCCAUUGGUCUCCUCUUGCAUGGACCAUGCCCCGCCUGGGUUUGAAGAUCACUUUUAGGUGAAGUUUGGAAGGAUAAGUUGAAAUUGUGAAGUUCAAAGAUCAUGGCUAGAUGUAAAUAUAUUUUAAAGUGGUCGAAAACAAACCCCAAGCUCUUCCCUGGCAUGCUCAAAGGGUGUAUGUGCUUUUUUGUUUUUGAGAGUCCGAAGUCCCUCAGAUUCUGGUUGCUGCAAUCAGUAGUUCAUUUAACAUCUAAAACAUCGUAAGGAAAAGUUAGAUCUUGCUAUCUUUGGGACACUAAUUCAGUGGUAUGCUGGGCUAGCUCCGACUUGCCUUGUUAAAAUUUCAUUUCGAGAGCUGGUUGUUACACACAGCCAUUAUUCAAAAUGAAAUUACAGAAACUUACAACUAAUUACAUUAAAAACAAAGGUCAUAACCACUCAAAACUCAUCACUUCCUUGAGGGGUUUUUUUUGUUUUGUUUUGUUUUUUAAUCUGUCUUGCAUCUGUAUAUUGGAAAGGUGUGCUUCUGAGCAUCUCUUUCCGACAGCACUUUCAGGGAUCACGUGUUUGGUGGCUAGAGAUCGGCCACGUGGGAAUAUUCUUCCCACAGAAACUGGUAAAGGCUAUGAUCCUGGCUCUUCUUCUGCGCCCUCUCCUGCCCCCCACGAGCCCACUGUUAAACAUCCACCAGCAUACCACUGCUAACAACCAAUGCUAACGGCCCGGAAGUUUCCGGGAGAAUGGGAUGAAGAGUCUGUUUUUCUGGACUGCACUUCUAGAAGGUGGAAAAACAGCACCAGAACUUCUAAUUUUAAAACUAAUUUUAACUUUCCAUCGUUCAUAGAGGGAAAAAAAGCUCUUUAUACCGUGUCAGCUUGUUUCCUUUAACAAAAAGCCAGGACUGUGGAGCCAUUCAAAGGGUGCGGCACACCGGAGGAGACCUCCUGCCCUGAGUGAGUCCCCUAGUAAUGCAGAGGGUGUCCCCAGCCCGCCACUGGGAAAGGGCUGAGCGCGCCGAGGCAGCCAUAGGUAGUGAGACGCUGUCGCAGCAAGUGUGCAUUCGUUUACCUGCAGGUUCUCUGUGUCGGUACAGAUGUACGGGCAUGAACGGGGAGAGUGCAUCGAGGUUCUCAGCAGCAGGUGUAGGCAGUGCGCCCCACACGGACAGGUGUCUCCCAGAUCUGUAGCAUCUGUCCUGUGAGCCAGCCCCCCUGGCACCCUGUGUGCUGGUGGGACUCCAGGGGGAACCAGCCUGGUGGGGGCGUCCGCCUCCCCCUUCAGCUGCGUACGUGACCCUGGGCACACAGAUUACGGACGCUCUUCCUGCCUGGCUUUUUUUUUUUUCUUUUCUUUUUUUUUUUUUUUUAAAUCUAAGUGACAUUUCUAAAAGCACGUACCCUACCUCAAAGGACUUCUGUAAGAAAGUGACUUUGUUUGAAGCAACGAUUAUAUGGCUGACAGAGAAACCGCUUCAUCAACAUUAGCAAUUUUUAUUCUUAAAACCUCCUCGUUAGCAGCUUCAGAAUUGUUCCUAGGGAUGGCACUUAUUUAUUGUAAGUCAGAUCCAAAUUCGUUUUGAAAGCUGAGGGUCUAGGGGUGCUGUGUUAAGAAGAUCUCUAAAUACUUUGCUGGCUGCCAGACUUAAAUUUGCACUCAAACUGGAGGGAUCACUGACCUGGACACAAAAGAAAGCAGUUAUAUUUUUCUUGUGGUUUUUCAAAAACAGUAUCCUUUUGAUACAGGUUUAGAAGAAUCACUGGCUUUAUCUAAGGUGUCAUGAUUAAUUUAAGGAUAUAGAAAACAAGAUUGAAACAAAUCUAAGUGUACCUUUCCUGAAAUAAAAUAUUUUAAAUUUAA